UUCUAGCUGUUUCCUGUUUGUACACUUACUUUCACUUCUAAGUGACUUCCUCGCCUCGUAAUCACUGAACGCAAUGAAGGAAUUCUAUCAAAUGCAUUAAUGCAAAGCAUUCAACACGACAGCCGUGAGAGAGAUUACUGUUAACCCCACCACCAUGUCGCGUACAAGCAGAGUAGUUCACUUCUCAGAAGAGCCGGAUUCUUUUUCCAUGUUUAUCGGCUGUCCAUGUGGCACUGAAUAGAUGGAUAAAGCCCUUCCAUUCAGUGUGGAAGAAACUGGAAAUGCUAAUGAUGGAGCAAGUGGAGAGACACUACCGGAAGAAAACUUGGAUAUACAACAGGCCAUCAUUCAGUCUCUUUCCCUAAAUGCAACUUCAAGCACCAGUUCUGCCAAUCCAUGCCUUCAUGUCAUUGUGAAAUAUGGAAAUCUUGAACAACAGAAGGUUGAUGUGCUUGCUUUUCCAUUGCUGGCAACAAAUCCAAACUUAAAUGUUUUGAAUAUAACCAAAGAUCUAGAAGCAAAAGCAGGAAAAGAAUUCUCUAACCUGUUUACAACUGUAUUAACACGUGGAAACAAACCAGAUAGUUGUAUUGACCUACCAACUGUUGGGGCAAGAUUUUCCUUGGAUUGUAAACGUGUAAUGUUCAUUAACUGUAACAUUUGGAAUCCUGCUAGUAGUUCUCCAGAAAAGGAUCUUAGAGAUGGGAUCAGUAGAUUUCUGGAUAAAUGUAAUUCUAACAGAGAUGUGAAAUCUGUCGCCAUCUCGGCUAUUGGUACUGGAAGAGUUUUGAACUUUCCCAAUGAACUAGCCGCCACAAUCAUGGGGGAAGAAAUAAAAGGCCUUGUAGACAGGCAUCCCAAUACAAACAUAAAGGAGAUCCAGAUUGUGAUCAAGCAGCUUAAGGAGAAUGAAACUGUAUACAUUGCCUACAGAGAAAUCUUACUAGCAAUGGACUUAGGACAACGGAUCAAGCUGUGUAAUGAACAUGGAGGUGAUUUUAAUAGCAUAGCUCUUGGAGAUCAUACAAAGAAGACAGCAGGAUGUCUAAAAGUGUAUGUGGUUUAUGGGGACAUUGGUGAAGAAACUACAAGUGCCAUAGUCAACUCCACCAACUUUACAACCUGGGGGGAACAUUCUGUGGCUAAUAGGAUUUUUACAGCAGCCGGAAAUGAUAUUCUUAAGAAAGCUCAGAAAGGCCACAACACUGGAAAGAAGUUAGUUGUGACCACAGCGGGUGAACUGUUGUGUGGCUAUAUUUUACACGGUAACUGUGGUGGUUCCUUGAACAAAAUCUGUGAACUUGUCACAGAAAUCCUAAAUACAUGUGAACAUUUGGGACUGGAGUCUGUGGCUAUCCCAGCUAUUGGAACAGGUGAAUGCAAGUUCCGUCCUGAGCAUGUGUCUAAAUGCAUUAUGGAAGGCAUCCUACCUGUUACACACAAACCAGGUCUGAAAUGCCUUUCUUGUGUGCGGCUGGUUGUAUAUAGCCCAUAUAUGUACCAUACUUUCUGUGCUGAGCUGAACAAGUACUUUAUCUGAUCAAUGAAGAACGUUCGCAGUCUGAAUAGUACGUUGAAAGUGUAUACCGACUGCAGGACAAACCCUCACCAUAUUGCUGCCUUAUUUAACAGAUAAUAUAUUUGAAUAGUGGAAUUUGAAGACUCAUUAUUGUCGGACCAGCCAUAUAAUCUCCAGUGAUAACCUUUUUAUACAUACACAGAAUUACCUCAGAAUCUAAUUUCUUCUUUUUUUUCUCAAGUGAAUACAAGCACUAAGAACACUGCACCAUCAGGACUUCCGAGAUGAUGCACAGUGUAAUCUUGAAGAGAAUGUAGCACUGCCUCCUCGUCAAACAGCUGAUAAAUGGGACCCCCACCCAUCAGAUAUUGAUGACCUAUCCUUAGGAUAGGUCAUCAAUGUGUACUGCCUGCACCAACUCCUUGAUAUUCCAUCUAUGUAGCCUGAUGUCACCAUUUUACAGCAAAUUUGUUACUAAAUUAUUGGCCAUUUAUGAAGGAGUUAGGAUUUGAUAAAAAUGCAUGAGUCAACUUUGGCUUACUGACUUCACAGCCCUGCUGAGCUAUAUAACCAUAGUUAUAAUUAUUUGGUGAUACUCCCCAAUACAGUAUAUACACAGAAAACUCAGGAGGCCAAUAGUGCCCAAUUAAAAUAUAUAAAUGAAUUAACAUACAAGUGAAAAUGUAAUGAAGCUAAGACUAUAUAGACAAGUAAAAAUAGUUACUGUGCUCCUAAACCCUUUCCUAAUACAGUCACAGUGGAGGUCACCAAAUAUAUGACAAUAGGGCAAAAUACUAAGCGUUACAGCUCAAAAUGCAAGAACGGUCUACCAGUGUGGGCCCUUACAUUCAGUAUGUAUCGCUCUACUUUUGUCGGAGGCAAUUACCUAUAGACAGUGGAGGGUUGACGUUUACCUUGUAUGAAAGGGCAAGUCUGACAAAAAUGCAAGAACAUAGUGGCCCAUGAUCUAACUGUACCUCUUAAUAUUUGGCCCUAUUCGGCAACCUCCACUGUGUGUUAGGAUAGGGUCCAGGAGUGCUACAACUAUUGGUUCUUGUUGCGUGAUGUAUAAGCAAAAAUGCAGCUAAUCAUGAACAAUAAAACCCAGAAAUGUAUGCAAUUUGUGACAAUGGCCACAAGAAUACACCUGGUACCCAAAUGGAGGCUGCUGGAGUGUAUAGAAAAGUGGUGUUGGGUAACAUAUGGUAGUCUUGGAACACUUUUACAACAUUGCCUUGACCUAUAAUGACAACUUCUAGUAUAGCACAUGUCAAGGUGUACUGGCAAAUUCAGCUCUAACAUGACAAACUUAAAGAACUACCGCCAAAAUUGUUGUUCUCUGACCUGUUAGAAGGGUACAUAAUGUGAUCUUCUCAUCAGUGACUGUAUUUGUGAGUUAUACCUCCUGAAUGCUUCUCACCUGUGUCAUGUGACCAGCAAUCAGACUGUGUGGAGAGGAAGUCAGUUUGUCUAUGUAUUCCUAUGGGAGCCUCAAUAUCAGUCUCAUAGGAAUGAACAGAGAAGAAACAGACUUCCUGUCCUGUGUCAAUUCUCAGAUUUUUUUUUUUUUUUUUUAUAACAUGCAAAUGACCCCCUAGGCACGAUGAGGGCAGUGCUGUUGCACCCAGAAGCUCUCCUACCUGUCUUCUAUGCCACACUCCCACAGCUGUGAACAGGUCAGGUGGUCCCUGUACAUGCACAGUUAAAGGAUGGAGAUUGCCCAUCUGCCCAGUGGUCUCUAUCCCUUUACUGCACAUGUACAAAAUGCAAUCCCGCAAGACUUCAGGGAAUUCCGGCCUGCCCAUUACAGCGGUGGAGGUGUGGCAUUGAAGACAAAGAGGGAAGCCUCUGGGUGCAACGCAGACUGAUGGAAGAUAUAGAAACAGACACCGACAAGUGAUGGAUGGACAGCUAUCGACUGUUUGACAUAGUGACAGAGAUGCCCUUUAACUCAUUUGCUCACCAUGAUGUUCAUGAAUGCCACAGGUGGGCAGGGAUAGUAUUGAGCAGGCUCAGGAGCUGAGUCCCCUCCCUAUAUGGUGGGUGCCAGUUAUUUUCUAUAAUAUACAACUCCCAGUCCAGCUAUGGUGAAGGAUUUUUCUUCCUAAUAUGAGCUAAUUUUCGGAGUUGUUUUGCCUUCUUCUGGAUCAACACUGCCGGUUGGACUUGAUGGGCCUGUGUGUUUUUCUUUUUUUCUAACCUUAUUAACUAUGUCAGGAAAAACAUGACAGAUACUAUUAAAAUCCCAAUUCUAUAUAAAAAAAAACUUUUUUUUAAUGUAAAAACUCUUCCACCCUGCUGCUACCACUCAGCUGUUUAUGACAUCCAGAACUUGUGAGCAGAAAUAUGCAUAUUAAACAUGUGGAAAGGGAUUUUACUAAGCAAAAUGCACCAAAAUUUUAUUACGAGACAUGACAAGUCAUAAAACCAAUUCAUUAAAAAGACCACUGCAGUAUCUCCUGUACAGGCUCUAGGGUGGCACAUGACAUCCGUACAUUUAUCAAACUGUGUGAUAUGUUAAACAGUUGUAGAAUUUCCUACGCUCAUGACAGCACUUCUCCAGCACGGAGGGGAUUCGAUUCAGACUGGCUCCAACUCUGGUAAAGGAAAUAGAACUUCUAGGUCACACAGAUGGCAGUCAGUGAACGGGAUCUCGUCAGUUCAGCUGACAAAAGAGGGACCCAUGAGACAAAAUGGCUGUGGGAAUAUUCUCUAACAGGAUAGGUUAAAAGAGUCUGACUGCUGGGGCACUCAAACUUGUGCACCCCUGUUUGAAUACAUCAGGCAUGCAGGACCAUAGCAUUUCAAGAAGCAGCAGACUGGAAAUAAGUUUUGAUAGAGAUGUGGAUAUCAUUCUUGACCAACUAAGAUGGCCCCCAUAUCCUCCAGCUCUAAGACAAUGCCUUAUUCCCUCAAGAUGGAACCAAAGCAUGAAGGUUUUACCCUAUGCAAGAGAACCCUCCUCCCUGAUGUAUCACAUAUGACGUAUGCUGUACUGAUGUUAAUGUGAAGCCAUUACAAUAUGGCGCUGGCACCUAGAUGUUUGCAUACCAAAGUUUGUAAAAUAAUGCACAAGGUGCAGAUGCCACAUGUCAUCUCUUUUCUUAUUUUUGUAUUCUAGCCAACAGAGCAAUGCCACAAGCCUGGGGGGGGGGGGGG